UGCGCCAGCCUUUUGUGCUUUACGUGUCGUCACUGUUCACUGUUGUCUAUUUUCUUAGGGUUUGAAGUGAAGCAAGUGAAACAGAAAAAGGAUUUCUGUUUUGGAAGAGAAGGGCCGACGACAUCGACAAAUACAGGGUCUUGAGUCGAAAAAGAACCCUACAGACAGUACAGACGUCCCCGGCACUGGCGAAUCCCCUUACUUAGCAGUGGUUGGAACAUUAACGUCCCACCCUAAACAUACAACUAAUUGAUCUACUAACCUUCGGAGAUAACCAUGGAUUCAAUUGAUGUUAUUGAAAAAAGAAUUAAAUUCUUGGAAGGGAGGAUUUUUGGCAAGAACAAGUCAGUCGAGCCGCAACCUGAGUUGGCAGCAGAGCUUUUGAAUGUGAACUCAAAAAUGGUUUCGGCUUUGUCACACAGGGACAGCAUUAAUUCAGUCCUCAGCCGAUUGGAUCAGUUGGAGAGUUUCAUGGAUCCCAUGUUCACCGCCCAGAGUGGGCUCACCCCUGAGACAAAACUCGAGUUAGUCAAAAGCUCAGAAGACGAGAUGAUAGAGAUGAUGGCAAAUCUUGAGCAGGUUCACAAACUAGCUUCAUCACUGGACAGUGAACAUAUAAAAAAGGUGCCUGAUCUGACUUCUGAAUUGGAAAAACUCACUUUGGUGUUCUUGAAUUUCAAAGAUGAAACUACCAAUCAAACCAGUGAAGUGCAGGCGCUGCUCAGAAAAUACAAUGAAAUUGUGAAUCUAAUAUCUGCGUCACUUGUGAAGUGGGAUGAAGUGGUUACAAACUAUGAAAUUGAGUCUGCACCAAAGAAGAUAAUUGACUAAAGUCUAAAGUCACCAAUUUUUCAAUCUAAUUUAUUUAAAAAAAAAAAACUGAAUUUUCAGCUAUAUAAAUUUCGUUAAUAAAGUCAUCAAGCUUAAUUAAUUUACAACUA